GCGGUGCAUGCUAGGUCGCGUCCCGUGGUUACCGUUGCUAUGCGGGGCCUAGCGCCCCCCCCGCAACCAGACUCGCGAUGGGAAAGCAGGCCAUCCCCAUCUACGCCCGGGUGAAGCCGCUGGCGCGGCGGCAGCGGGCGGGGAUUUAUUCCAUUGAAGAAGAUAGAUCCGCAUCCAGUUUAGAGAUUAUUGUGCCACGUGAUUUGGCAGAUGGAUUUGUCAAUAAUAAGCGAGAGAGUUACAAGUUCAAAUUUCAGAAAAUUUUUGAUCAGGAGACAAAGCAAGAUGACAUUUUUGAAAAUAUUGCUAAACCAGUGGCAGAAUGUGCUCUAUCAGGAUAUAAUGGUACUGUCUUUGCAUAUGGACAGACAGGCAGUGGCAAAACUUUUACCAUCACUGGAGGAGCAGAGCGUUAUAGUGAUCGAGGCAUCAUUCCCAGGACCCUGUCUUACGUUUUUCAGCAAUUGCAGAAGGACAGCAGCAAAGUGUACACAACCCAUGUUUCCUACUUGGAAAUCUACAAUGAGUGUGGUUAUGAUCUUUUGGACCCAAGACAUGAAGCCUCCAGAUUGGAGGACUUACCAAAAGUGACAAUAAUGGAAGACCCAGAUCAGAACAUUCAUCUGAAAAACCUGUCUCUUCAGCAAGCAACCAAUGAAGAGGAAGCACUAAACCUUCUAUUCUUGGGAGACACUAACAGAAUGAUUGCAGAGACUCCAGUGAAUCAAGCCUCAACUCGUUCCCACUGCAUUUUCACCAUUCACAUCUCAAGCAAAGAGCCAGGAUCUGCAACUGUCCGACGCUCCAAGCUACAUUUAGUUGACUUGGCUGGUUCAGAGCGUGUUGCAAAGACUGGAGUUGGAGGCCAGCUACUGACAGAAGCCAAAUAUAUCAACCUGUCAUUACAUUACUUGGAACAGGUAAUAAUUGCCCUUGCUGAGAAACAUCGAUCCCAUAUUCCCUACAGGAAUUCUAUGAUGACUUCGGUGCUAAGAGACAGCCUGGGAGGGAACUGCAUGACCACCAUGAUUGCGACACUCUCUUUAGACAAGAGAAACAUAGAUGAAUCAAUAUCAACUUGUAGAUUUGCACAGCGAGUUGCCCUUAUUAAGAAUGAAGCAGUUCUUAAUGAAGAAAUUGACCCAAGACUGAUGAUUGUCCAACUAAAGAAAGAGAUCCAGGAGUUGAAGGAUGAGCUGGCCAUGGUGACUGGGGAGCAAAGAACAGAAGAACUCACCCAAGAAGAGCUACUUCAAUUGGAUGAGCUAAUAAAAAAGUUUCUUGAAGAUACUGAUCGUGAGAGUACACUGGACGUUGGACCUGAUAUGCGCAAGAUCAAAUAUUGUUUUAAUCAUGUAAAGCAACUGAUGAGUCAUGCAAAGAUUCCUGAUAAAAAUCUUCUUGCACCUGACAUCACUGGAGACAAGACUGUUUCAGUGGGGAAAGAGGAAUUGAAGAAACUGAGAGAAAUUCUUCAGCAAAGAGACAAUGAAAUUAAUAUUCUAGUACACAUGUUAAAGAAAGAAAAAAAGAAAGCACAAGAUUCCCUCUUUCAGCUCAGCAUUGGCUCUAGUGAUCAUACAACCCUGGAGAGUUCUCCUUCUGUAAGCUUGGAGGGAGGUGAGAGAACAUCUACCUGUGAUAAUGUAAAAGAGGCAAAACAUUUCAGUCCUUCAGUACACAGAGCUUCUUUUCUUCUCAGGCGAACAGAUGGAUCAGGAGAGAUGUCACUUGGACGUCAGGAGGCUUUUGAAAUUUUCAAGAGGGAUUAUGCUGAUAAUGUGACCAUCGAGGACAACAAACAGCUUCUUAAACAGAGGUUUGCUGAAGCAAAAUCCCUGGGAGAAAAAGUAAAUGAAGUAAGAAAUAAAAUAAACCAUCUGAAAGAAGAGAUAACCCAGCGCCACAUGCAAAGGGCAGCUCUAGGUGUUGCCAGCCCUUCUGAAGAGCUGAAUAAGUCUGAUCCAGUGGAAGAGAAACUUCGAGCACAACUUGAAGAUGAGAAAAAAAGUUAUAAAACCAUGUUCAAUCGUUUGAAAGGGCUGAAGAUAGAGAUUGAACACUUGCAGCUUCUUAUGGAAAAAGCCAAAGUGAAACUGCAAAAAGACUUUGAAAUCUGGUGGUCUGAGGAAGCAAGGAGUCUGCAGGAACAACUGGGAAAGCCACACUUGAGUAAUUCACCAAGUGCCUUGACAACUUCUCCCCAGUGUUUUGAAUCCCAGCAUCAACUGUAUAACAACAGGUUCUCAGAAAGCAAGAGAGCCAAUCCCAAUGAAUACCGUACUGGAGAAAACAGCAUGAGCAACCUGAGUGACUCGGCUUCACAAAUAAAGAUGCCUCGGAGUUCAAAAUCAUCUAUCCCUCUCACUGGAGACAGCCAGGCAGAUGCUGACAUCAUGGCUUUCUUUAAAGCCAGACAGAAUCUCUUGCAAAAGAAAGGCUUGGGGAUCAAGUGAAAUUCAUCUUGACGUUCAAUAUUUCUGCUUUAGAAAUAGUCAAAAGACCUCCCUUCUGCCCCAUUUUUGUAUAUUUAAGAACCGCUCAAAUUGAGUGUUUAGGACCUGCAACAUAAUUGACUGCGAAUAACAAAUGACUCAUGGAUGAAAACAAUUCCAACUUUCUAAGGAAUGUUGUUGAAUUUGUGCAGUCAACAUCUUCAGCAUGAGCAAAGAUCAAGCAAGACUGAAAUGGCUAAACAGGAAGUUCUCUCUUUGUUUAUUUGGAAUUUGACAGUCAUAUUGUAAAGGUCAUAAUUAUCUAAAAAUCUGUAUAACACUUUUCCAUAUCAGCAAUAAGUUAACCGUUUCUUUGUCGCUGAUCACUUUUCUUCAUUUUCGAUGACUGUACAAUGGAAGCUUAAGGAAGAAGUCAUGUGAAAUUCAGCAGUUUUGUCUUCAUGUGUUUGCCUGAGCCAUUGCUGGUUUUGGUUCUGAUAGGUUCCAGAGUAGUUCUAUGCAAAAACAGGAAGUAUUUGGUUUAUAAAAUGUAGGACCUUUGCUGAUGCCAACAAUGCAUUAUUGAUUUCCUUUUUUUGAGAAAAGGCAGUUUUAUGGCUCAAAUUUUGAGAUUGUGUUACAAUAUGAAAAAUGAUCUCUUUAGCAUUGUGACAUUUCAGGAAUUAAAGGUUUCAGAAAAAUGAGGUUUUCACUUAAAUACAUCAGAUUAAAUGUGACGUUCCCCCAAAUGUCCAGACUUGAACAAACAGCAGCGACAUUUCACAGAUUUACAGUGAAACUGAAAUAAUUUUUGCAAAAUGCAAAUUAAAUAUGAAAAUGUAAAUGCAGGUUCAUAUGUUCAUGCAAAUAUUUUGUAUAGCUCUCUACACACUUUGUGUUAUCUUCUUCACAACACCCAGUCUCAAUUCGAGAGUGAGAUUCAAGCAACUCAAAAUAUUUAAAGCACACAUCUAAUUCUUCAAGAUGUACAUGAAAUCACUCUAUUUCAUGAUAGUGCUAAACGUGCACUGCUGAAAUCUGAAGAUGUUUGGUUGUUCAGAUACAAAUACAGAUAACCUGAUUGCCAGGAGCCGUGUAUUCCUAGAAUGUUUUCCUCAACUUGCUGGAAUUAAAUUUUGUAGCAAAUUGAAAGUUAUGCCACAGCAUUCGCGGGAUUGAAAUAUACUUGAAGCUAAAGUUUUUCACUAAACUGGCAAUUAAAAUGCAGUCAAUAAGCUAGUUUUUAAUUUAAAAAGUACUGAGUUUCUCUGUAUUUCAGUUUACUCUAAAAAUCACCCCAGGGUCAAAAUAAAUCAAUAUAUU